AUGGGCUUCGACACUGAUACCGUUCCCGUCCGUUUCUGCUGCCCCUUCAGCAUCUCUUCCCCUGCCGUGCCCGACACUGUCGCCGGUCUGUCGCGCACCGACUCGAGUUUCGCUUCUCUGCUGUGGCCUGUGGUGCCAGCAUCAUAUAUCACAUACACGUUCGCCCAACCCGCAACAACCGUUACCAACACCAACAUGCCAGCCAUGGAUCUUGACCGUAACGACGUCGCCGACACGGCCGAGGAAAUCUCUCCCCGACGUACCUUCACCCUGAGCCCGCCAGGUACCGCUGCCGAACCAUUGUCGGCCAUUCUCAAGAGCGAUCUGAUGAAGAACAAGAGAAAGAAGAAGAAGAAGGGUGGCAUGGCUCCCGCUGCUCCGGCUCAGAAUGUCAUUCGAGGUUUCGAGACUCCCAUUACAUCUGGCGGAGAAGAGUCGGACGCUUCGACCUGUCCUUCACCCCUCAUGACCCCACGUAUGCGUGGUAUGAACGGUUCAACCUACAGCCCGAGACUCAGUGCCUCGAGCGGCUCAGGCAUUAGUGCCCUCAAGACGCAGCUCGAUGCUCUUACUCUAAGUCGCCCACCUUCUGCUCCCUCCAUGACGCGUGAGAACAGCACCGCCUCCAACUUCGACAGCACCCCAACCAUGUCCUCGGCUGCCAGUGACGUCGAUGCGAAAGAGUUGGAAACCUACCAGAUCGACCUCGAACACGACUUUGCCAGUGCAGACGCUUGUUCCACCCCCAGGCAUGCUUUUCCUGUCGAGGGUGGCCUGCGCACUGAGUCCGUCUUGCGCAAGAUGACAGCUGAUGACUUCGAGCCCCUCAAGUGUUUGGGCAAGGGAGCCUUUGGCACACGUCUUAUCGAGCAGACUCGUACCGAACGCAGUAUUCUCGAGAGUGUCAAUCGCCAUCCUUUUGUCGUCAAGCUCUUCUACGCUUUCCAAGACCAUGAGAGACUCUACUUGAUCCUGGAGUAUGCCCAAGGUGGCGAGCUUUUUACCCACUUGGCCAUGGAGCGCAUGUUCACCGAAGAAGUCGCCUCUUUCUACAUGGCAGAGAUGGUCCUUGCUCUUGAGCAUCUGCACCGCAACGUCCGUGUUGUCUACCGUGACCUGAAGCCAGAGAAUUGCUUGCUGGAUUCGGAUGGCCACUUGCUUCUUACUGACUUUGGCUUGUCCAAGGUCGCGCUGGAAGAAGACUCGUGCAGCUCGUUCCUUGGCACUGUCGAAUACAUGGCACCUGAAGUCGUUCAAGCCACUUCCUACGGCUUCGCUGUCGACUGGUGGUCGCUCGGCGCCAUUGGUUUCGACUUGCUUACAGGUUCACCUCCUUUCGGCGGCAACAACAAUGCAAAGAUUCAGCAGAACAUCCUGAAGCAGAAGCUGCAACUGCCUUACUUCCUUGGUCCCGACUCGAAGGAUCUUCUGACACGACUCUUGCGUAAAGAGCCCAACAAGCGUCUCGGAGCCAACAUGCCGAAAGACCUCGACAUUAUUAAAAAGCACCGCUUCUUCCGCAGGAUUGACUGGAAGAAGCUUGCAAAGCGCGAACUGGAGCCUCCUAUCCGCCCUCUCAUCACGGAUCCGGAACUAGCCGAGAACUUCUCCAAGGAGUUCACGGAUCUGCCCAUGUCUCCAGCAGAUGAGAGAAAGUCAACCAUCAUGCAGGAUGCUACCAUGACAGGCAUGGAGAUUGCCUCGAGUACGAAGGAGCUCGAGUUUGGAUCCAAUCCGUUUGGUGGCUUCAGUUUUGUUGCCAGUCAGAGUCUGCUUGACAAAGUCGAGUUCAUGUGA